UGGAAGCCGAGAAGGGUUUCAGAAGUCUUUCUGGCCCGAGCCGAGCGUGGUGAGGAGCGAAGGCCCCUGGCGGCCGGCGGGAGGCGGGAGGGGGGCGCCGAGGGCCACCAUGGGCCUGCUCAAGGGCCUCCUCGGGGCCAGAAACCUGCUGCUCGUCAUCUGCGUGCCGCUCCUGCUGCUGCCCCUGCCCGUGCUCCACCCCAGCAGCGAGGCUGCAUGUGCUUACGUGUUGAUUGUGACCGCUGUGUACUGGGUGUCUGAGGCCGUGCCUCUUGGAGCUGCAGCCCUGGUGCCUGCCUUCCUGUACCCGUUCUUCGGAGUGCUCCGAUCCAGCGAGGUGGCCGCCGAGUACUUCAAGAACACCACGCUGCUGCUGGUGGGUGUCAUCUGCGUGGCGGCUGCCGUGGAGAAGUGGAACCUGCAUAAGCGCAUUGCUCUGCGCAUGGUCAUGAUGGCCGGAGCCAAGCCGGGCAUGCUCCUGCUCUGCUUCAUGUGCUGCACCACACUGCUCUCCAUGUGGCUCUCCAACACGUCCACCACAGCCAUGGUGAUGCCCAUCGUGGAGGCCGUGCUGCAGGAGCUGGUCAGUGCCGAGGACGAGCAGCUCGUGGCUGGCAACUCCAGCGCCGAAGAGGCCGAGCCCAUCAGUCUUGAUGUAAACAACAGCCAACCCUCUCUGGAACUCAUCUUUGUCAAUGAAGACACAUCGACUGCAGACUUCACCUCUCUGAUGCAGAACAAGAACGUGAAUGGUGUGCCCACAAUCACCAACCCGGUCAAAACAGCAAAUCCCCAGGGCAAGAAGCAGCACCAGUCCCAGGAAAAGCCACUAGUCCUGAUCCCCGGCCCCAGGAACCAGGAGCUCAACAGAAAGUACAAGUCCCAGCAUGACCAGAUGAUCUGCAAGUGCCUCUCUCUGAGCAUAUCUUACGCCGCUACCAUUGGGGGCCUGACCACCAUCAUUGGCACGUCCACCAGCUUGAUUUUCUUGGAACACUUCAACAACCAGUACCCCGCUGCAGAGGUGGUCAACUUCGGCACCUGGUUCCUCUUCAGCUUCCCCAUCUCCCUCAUCAUGCUGGUGGUCAGCUGGUUCUGGAUGCACUGGCUGUUCCUUGGCUGCAAUUUUAGAGAGACCUGCUCUCUGAGCAAGAAGAAGAAGACCAAAAGGGAAGAGGUGUCAGAGAAGAGAAUCCAAGAGGAAUAUGAAAAGCUGGGAGCCAUUAGCUACCCUGAAAUGGUAACUGGAUUUUUCUUCAUCCUGAUGACCGUGCUGUGGUUUACCCGGGAGCCUGGCUUUGUUCCUGGCUGGGAUUCUUUCUUUGAAAAGAAGGGCUACCGCACCGAUGCCACGGUCUCUGUUUUCCUCGGCUUCCUCCUCUUCCUGAUCCCAGCAAAGAAGCCCUGCUUUGGGAAGAAGAGUGAUGGGCAGAACCGGGAGCCCUCGCUGGGGACAGAGCCCAUCAUCACAUGGAAGGACUUCCAGAAGACCAUGCCCUGGGAGAUUGUCAUUCUGGUGGGAGGAGGCUAUGCUCUGGCUUCUGGCAGCAAGACCUCUGGCCUCUCCACGUGGAUUGGGCACCAGAUGUUGUCUCUGAGUGGCCUCCCACCGUGGGCUGUCACCCUUUUGGCAUGCAUCCUGGUGUCCAUUGUCACAGAGUUUGUGAGCAACCCAGCCACCAUCACCAUCUUCCUGCCCAUCCUAUGCAGCCUGUCUGAAACGCUGCACAUUAAUCCACUCUACACUCUGAUCCCAGUCACCAUGUGCAUCUCGUUUGCAGUAAUGCUGCCCGUGGGCAAUCCCCCUAACGCCAUUGUCUUCAGCUAUGGGCAUUGCCAGAUCAAAGAUAUGGUCAAAGCUGGCCUGGGGGUCAAUGUCAUUGGCCUGGUGAUCGUCAUGGUGGCCAUCAACACAUGGGGAGUUAGCCUCUUCCACUUGGACACUUACCCAGCCUGGGCGAAGGUCAGUAACAUCACUGAUCAGGCCUAA